CUCUGGAUGGGAACUCUUGUUAACAGAACACCGCGGCAGGCCGUCGCAAGCAGUCUUUAGAGGAGUCGCGUUGUUUUCGGGGCCUAUACUUCCGUCAUUUUAUAUCUCACUGGAUAAAUACAGUGGAGGUUUUUGUAUGUAUCGUUGUGUGGUGUAUGUCGUAGCAAUACCACUCGGAAUUCAACUGGAUACAUAAAUCUGUGCUUUACUGGAGCUGUGAAACUUGUUUUACUCCGAAGCGUGCCCGGAGACGUCAGACCUCGCCUGCUCGCUGCUGCUGUUACAUUUUUAUCGCAAUCUAAACAGCAUUGUUUGCGGGAUUACACCGUCACUACACGCACUAUGUAGCGAAGUGAAUGGUGUGCUGGUGGUAGCUGUUAGACGUUUAUUGGCUUUUUAGUUUUAAACACCGUGCCUUGGCGGAAAGGAGAGGAUUUCGUUUUAUUUAAGGUCAAUUGAGGAUGAAUGAGCAGGGCAGUGGCGUCGUUUCCUUUGAUGAGUAUGUGCGGCAGAAGGCCCGCACUGUGCCUCAACACAGGAUGAAGGAGUUCCUGGAGUCUCUCGCCAAGGGCCCAGAGGUGAUGCAGGAGUUCAGCCAGCAGGAAGGUGCAGCCACCACCACAGCCAUGGUGUACCAGCAGCAGGGUACCAACUGUGUCUACGCAGACAGUACAGAGGUGGCUGGCUCUCUCUUAGAGCUGGCUUGUCCGGUACAGGUGACCUCAGCAGAGAUUUCACCUCAUCUGUCUGUGCAUCAAGAGUCUGAACAGCAGCUUCAGGUGCAGGUUCAGAUUCAGGAACAGCAGGGCCAAUCAGUUGGCCAGGUUCUUCAGGUGGCCUCCCCCUCACAACAAGACCUGCAGGGAAUCUCAACAGCCCAUUUUGUCCAGCAGGGAGAGCUCACAGAGGAGCAGCAGCAGCAGAUUCAGGCACAGCUGGUUGCUGCUGUAGCUCGAGGACAACAAAUCCAGUUGUCAAGUGGACAACAAAUCCAGUUACAAGGAACGCAGCAUAUUCAGCUGCCAGGUGGCCAGCAAAUUCAACUUCAGGCUGGCCAACAUAUUCAGCUACAGGAUGGCCAACAUUUUCAGCUACAGGAUGGCCAACAUUUUCAGCUACAGGAUGGCCAUUUUCAGCUACAGGAUGGCCAGCAAAUUCAGCUACAGGAUGGCCAGCAAAUUCAGCUACAGGACGGCCAGCAAAUUCAGCUACAGGAUGGCCAGCAAUUUCAGCUACAGGAUGGCCAGCAAAUUCAGCUACAGGAUGGCCAGCAAAUUCAACUACAUGGUGGCCAGCAAAUUCAACUACAAGGUGGCCAAAAAAUUCAGCUACCGGGUGGCCAACAAAUUCAGCUACAGAGGGGCCAACAGAUCCAGAUUCAGACCAUAGAGGCCAUGUCUCCUUCGCAACAACAGGACUCAGCCAGGGAAGCAGAGAGGAGGUCCGCCACUGUCCCAACUGUUCUCCAACCUGCCAAGAAGCGCAAGAUGGAUGUCCCUCUAUCUGUGUCUUAUGCUGUUACACAGGGGCAGCAGGUGGCCACAGUUCUAACCAUCCCUCAAGGGCAGCAGCAGAGCUAUGUGUCCCUACGACCAGAUUUGCUCACUGUUGACAGCGCUCAACUGUACAGCACUACAGGAACAAUCACGGGUCCCACAGGUGAGACCUGGACCAUCCCUGUGUACUCCACUCCACAGCAGCAGGGGGUAACUCACAUUGCCAUACCACAGGACACAUACAGCACAAUGCAAGUUGCCACCACCAACGGUAAGGACAAAAUGUCCCCCAAUUCCUCAUCAAGGUCUGCAGAUGUGCAGUCGGCCUCCACUGGGACGCAGGAAGAAAUAGUACAGACCCUGUUCCCAGCGCAGUUCAUGAACGGGAACAUUCACAUCCCCGUGGCAGUGCAGACUGUAGGAGGGACUUACAACGCUGCACAGUCGGUACACAUAUGGGACCCAAAUAAACAGCAGAGCCAAGGAGAAGAGGGACAAGAGCCGCAGCUCCAUCUGCAGGGUCACAUAGAGACGGAGUCUCAUGCUGAACCGCCCACAGAGAUCAUGGUUCCUGUCUGCCUGAAGCCCGAGGAAGGCCUGGAAGUCUGGCGCCUUUGGGUGAACCGAAAAAACGCGGAGCUAAACAAGCAGGAAAAGAACAAGCUUGCACCCAUAGGACGUCGUCAGCCCCUGCGUUUUCAAGAAGACUUGGUGUCCAGCGCAGUAGCUGAGCUAAACUUGGGUCUUUCCCUGAUGACACAGGAGGCACGAGGAUCAGACGAAGAGCAAUUCACAUCCGAUGUUCUCUAUUAUGUUUUCUUGUGCAUACAAAAGUAUCUCUCCGAAAAUGGACGUGUGGACGAUAUUUUCUCUGAUCCGUAUUACACACGUUUUUGUGGGUGUUUACACAAAAUCCUGGAUGGUUGGAAACCCAGUGUCCAUCCUUUAGGUUAUGUCAUCCCAAGUCAUGUAACAGAGGAGAUGCUGUGGGAGUGUAAACAGCUUGGUGCACAUUCACCAGCCACAUUGCUUACAACUCUAAUGUAUUUCAACACUAAGCAUUUCCACCUGACAACACCCGAACAGCACAUGAAAGUAGCUUUCUCUAAGGUCCUAAGACACACAAGGAAGAACCCCACUAAUGCCAAGGACAAAGCGACCAGCAUCCGCCUUCUCAAAGGGCAAGGCCCACAAAGUGCAGGACAGAACGGCGCUCAAUACAAAACUGAUGACAUGUAUGAAGAGCAGGCUGAGGAUCCUGAGAAUCCCCUUCGCUGCCCCAUUAAACUUUAUGACUUUUAUCUCUUCAAAUGUCCUCAAAGUGUUAAGGGACGCAACGAUGCAUACUACAUGACUCCAGAGCCUGUCGUUGCACCAAACAGUCCGAUGUGGUACUCAUCUCAGCCCCUCACGAGUCAGCAAGUUGAGCACGUGCUGGCCCGCAUCAUCGUGGUCCGAGAGAUCCAGGAGAUAAUCGGCGUUGGACCGGACUGACUGGACUCACAGAAACUUGUUCUCCAGUCACUGAUUGUUGACUAUGCAGUAUCCAUCCUGACUCUAUAAACCUCAAUGACCAUCAUCUCAAAUCAAAAGGAACAAUCAUUUCUCUGAGGAGUGCAUCAUAAAAGCAGAGAUUUUUUUUUUUCCCUCUUCUUACAUUUUCUGUUUUCAGCUGAUGGUUUGGACUGUUCUUUCUUUUGACUACCUUUUUUGUAAGCCAUUGCCUCUGUAACCUUUUAAACUGGCAAGUAAGGGAGGCUUUAGUCUUACCGCUGCUGGACUUUGAUUGACCUCCUGCCCUCUCGACUCAGCAGAUGUGGUACAUUUUCCUAUAAAAGUAUCAAUUUGAGGAUAUAACCCUUCAGUACUUAACCUCACAGAGCAUUUAACACAUAUUACGUCUCUUCAAAGUCCCACUAUGAUACAUGACGUCUUAAUGGACAAUUACAGGGACUUCUUCUCACAAUUGUUUUGUAUACUGACUGCAUUUUGGAUCACAUAAUUGAUACAUUCAAAACUGAAGAACUUGUGCCUGUUUUCAAAAAUGACGUCAUUAUUUAUGCUUGUGGAUCAUUAAGUGAGUCGAACCUCAGAUAUUCACAAGGUCAAAGUGCUAUAUUGUGGUCAUUCAGGAGAUUGGAAACUUUUUUUUUCUCAGGUCAAAGCUAGUGAUUUAAACACCAUCAAGGAUUUUUGCCAACUUAUUCCUGUAUGUAUAGUAGGUUAUUAAACAGGACAUGCAGAUGGAAAAGUCUUUGUUUAGCUAACAGUAUUAAUCCUUGUCUCAAAAGUCAUGACAAGCAAUU